AUUUUGAAAAUUUGGAAUCAGAUAUUAAAAGUGAUCAAAUAACAGAUUCAGAAUCUAAAAUUAUCCAAAAUACAACUGAUACUUUUACUGCUCAGACUUCAACAAGCAAAUCAAUUGUUAAACCUAAAAGAAAAAAUUAUAGAAAAUGGGGUUUAAUUUGGAACUAUUAUGAUAAACAUGUUGAUUCUAUUACAAAAAUUAAAAUAGAUAUAUACAAAGUUAUUAUUCAAAAAGGAAAUAAAGAAAUUAAAUGUGAAAAAGAAGUAACUUAUGAUAAUUCUACUA